CUAGAAAUACGGUCUACAAAUAUACCACCAAGGACGAAAGGACGAGAAUAGAAUUGCCAAAGUGAAAGUAUCUCGGAAAUCAUAUUUGAUCCUUCCCUUUUCGGCAUAACUAUCCGCCAAAAUACCUAUCUGGAGCCCUAGAUCAAGUAUUCUUCCGCUCAUGAUGAACAAUAUAUCGGCCAUCCGGAUGCCAAUGUUGUUGUGGGGUCCACAUCGUAGGUGUAUGGAAUUCGAGGUUGUCUCCAGUUGUUGAUUAUCUUCACAUCUUCAGACCAGGAUUUCAACCUCAUAGAUUUCCAACGGUCUUCGUAUAUCUAUCAAUAGUAUCUAGGACCUAGGUACACGUGGACUUACCAAAAAACUCCACACUUACCUAGUAGUUGUCAAUAUGGAUGAGAUUACAGAUGGAGUUGGGAAGAUUGACUUCCAUCACCCCUAUACACCUUAUGAUGUCCAAGAGGAGUUUAUGAGCACCGUUUAUGAAGUUCUCGAACAGGGAGAAGGACAAGUUGGGAUUCUCGAAAGUCCAACCGGCACAGGGAAAUCCCUAUCUCUUAUAUGUGCUGCUCUGACCUGGCUGCGUAACCAUAAGAGAUCGAAAUUUGAGAGUUCCAUUGCAGAGGCAGCUAAAGAGUUUAAAGACGAACCUGAUUGGAUCAUUAAUCAGAUGUUAAAGAGGAAACGAGGAGAGAUGCUCAAGCAAUGGGAAGAGAGAGAAGCCCGUUUAAAGAAAAUCCGAGCUAAGGAGAAACAGUUAGAAGAACGAGGAGCUAAACGAAGAAGGCUAGAAGAUGGCGGCAUCAGAAAGAGUGAUAAGGCUACCGAUGACGAAGAUGAAUGGCUGUUAGAUGAAGGUCAGGACGAUGAUGCAUCUCAAGGUAACGAUAAUUCAUCGGGUUACAGCAAAGAGACGAGGGCUCUCAUGGGAAAAUUAGGCAUGGGAACCCUCCAGGCGAAAGAAGAGGAAGAUGACAUAGGGGGAAACGAGGUUAAGAUCUAUUAUACGUCGAGGACACAUUCACAAUUGACUCAAUUCAUUUCAGAGUUGCGUAGACCAACGUUUCCAGCAUCUCUUCCAGGUUCUCUCAAAGGUGACGAUCACGACUCAGAAUCCGAAGAUAUUAAACAUCUUCCGUUAUCUUCCCGCCAACGUCUAUGUAUCAACCCGUCGGUAUCACGACUUAGUUCUCUUGCUGCUAUCAAUGAUCGCUGUAGUGAACUUCAACAGUCGAAAUCGAAAGAUCGAUGUCAGUUCGUACCCAACGCAGAUAACCUAAACCUCACGCAUCAGUUCCGAGACAACGCCCUUGCUACUCUUCCAGACAUCGAAGACCUUUUCGAACUCGGAAAGAAGCUUCACGUCUGUCCAUAUUAUGCCUCGAGGACUGCGGUACCUGGUGCGGAGAUAAUUACGCUUCCUUACCCGCUGCUCUUGCAAAAGACCGCUAGAGAUGCCCUCGGAAUAAAACUCGAGGGCAAUGUAGUUAUCAUCGACGAAGCCCACAAUAUUAUGGACGCGGUGGCAAACGUAUACGCUUCCGAAGUCAGCCUUAGCGAGCUGAAACGAGCGCGGCAGAUGCUUGGAGUAUACGUGAAAAAGUUUGGAAAGAAACUUAAGGGCGAGAAUCGGGUUAUGGUAGGACAAGUUGCUAGAGUUGUAGACGGCCUCAGAGAUUGGCUAGAAAAUGCCUUGGCACUGAAAAACGAACAAGGGAUAGUUGAUCCUAAUAGCCUUCUAAGAUCUAAAGGUAUCGACCAGAUCAAUAUGUACAAACUCAUUCAGUACAUACAAGACUCCAAGCUAGCAUACAAGAUCGAAGGUUACGUUGUGCAAGCCGAAUCUCAGGGUACCGAAAAUAAUUCGGUUAAAGUCUCCUCGACGCCUGUAUUACAUACUCUCCUUUCGUUUCUGGUCUCCUUAAACAACCUAAGUUCGGAAGGCCGGAUCUUCUACCAUAAGGUUUCGCAGAGUGAUGUAAAGUUAUCAUACCUCCUCCUAUCACCUACCCAUGCAUUCUCGUCUGUCGCCUCGAGCGCGCGAGCUGUGAUUCUUGCCGGAGGUACCAUGUCACCUUUCGAGGACUAUACGGCUCACCUUUUCCCGGACUUGGCAAAAGCCAAGAUCACAACUCUUAGCUGUGGUCACGUAAUCCCAACCUCGAACCUCUGCGUCUGGACGUUGGCCUCCUCGGGGCCGAAGCAAGACGCCAGGAGUACGGAGUUCGAAUUCAGUUUCCAGAAGCGUAGCGAUAAGUCGAUGAUUCGCGACCUAGGAAUCGCUAUUCUUAACAUCUGCACCGCCGUCCCCGAUGGUGUCGUCGUCUUCUUCCCAAGCUACGGAUACCUCGACGAGGUAGUGGCUACGUGGAAUGAGACUAGCGCCGGACAGACACAAUCCCUCUGGGACAAAUUACAAACUAAAAAAGCCGCAUUCCGUGAGACUAAGGGCGGUUCUAGCGACGAAGUUCUAGAGCAAUACACGCACGCCAUCCUUGGCGACGGCUACGAAGCCGAGUCGAAUACUAAAAAACGCCACCCAGCCUCGGGCAGGAGCGGGGCGCUACUACUAAGCGUGGUUGGCGGGAAAAUGAGCGAGGGUAUCAACUUUUCCGACCGCCUGGGUCGCUGCGUCGUUGUUAUCGGCCUGCCUUACCCUAAUAUCCACUCCCCGGACUGGAAAGCCCGGAUCGAGUACAUCGAGUCGACGACGCUCGCACGAUUAAAAGCUAUAAGCAAGAACCCGUCAGUACCAAGAACUGAAGAUAUUGCGGCCUCCAAACAGGCCGCUCGGGACUUCUACGAGAACGCGUGUAUGCGUGCGGUAAACCAGAGCAUCGGACGCGCAAUCCGGCACCGUAAUGAUUAUGCCGCCAUAAUCUUGGUCGAUAGGCGAUUUGGUACAGAUCGCAUAAAAGGAAAACUGCCUGGUUGGAUCCGGGGAGGAUUGGUUGAGGGGAGCGAACGUGCAGGCUUAGGUCAGAUGAUGGGGAAGCUUACCGGCUUUUUUAGGGGUAAGAAGAAUGAGAUUUUGGCCUAGGUUCAUAGGUUAGCCACUAUCACGGUACUUUAGGUCACCAAAUCGAGUAAGGUGUGAAUGGAUGAGGC